GUGGGUAAUAGUAUUUUUUUUAAGUCUUAUUCCUUUAUAUUUUCGUGUAUCCUGAAUGAAAAAGAGAAUCAUCAUUGAGAAAUAAAGUUUGUACAUACUGGAAAAACCUGCUCGUCGACUGUGUUUCAAUAAUAAGCAUGGUAAGCAGAUUUCGUGAGAAGCAAUACCAAUUGGCCGCGCAGAAACAAAACGAGGCGUUCCGGAAGUACGACUACUACCAGCAGACCGCAAAGUACUUCGAGCGGGCGUGCAGAGUCGCCAAGCAAUACGAUUCCUGGAACUACAAGAGCCUCGAUCCGAAGGGCGAGUUCGAGAAGGCCAAGAAGACCGAGAAGCUACUCACGAGACGAAACAAAUUGCGUAACCUGCUGAGGGAAGAGGAAGAAACUUACAGAAGGGAAUUGGAGGAGCGAAAGAGGUUGACCAGGCCGCAGGAGACUUCGUUGGAGCAGCUGAAGGAGAAACUCAAGCAGAAGAGGGCGGAACAGAGUCUGUACUACCCGAAAACCUGCCGGCGAUUUCAAUCCUACUUCGUUUGUCCCACGGAUUCCAGCAGCCCGCGUUGGAGCACCCUCAGGGGCACCAAUCUUCAAUACUCGACGAGUUCUAAUCGCAGAAGCUACAAGAUGAGCGAGCACGAGCACGAUAACAAGGAGCUGGGCGAACAGGAGGCUCACCAGGAGGCCUCGCAAUCGCCGACGUCUCAGUACAUCGACGAUUUCGCGUUACCGAAUCCAAAGUUCUCCGCGCGGUACGCUCGCAAGAGCUUGGAGAACACGAACGUGAGGACCGACGAUUUCGACGACUACGUGCCGGACAACAGGCCGCCGAGCAGAAGUUCCACCGGCUCGCCCGGUAUAAGAUACGGUUCCCUGAACCACGAGGUUCCCGUUUACGAGAAUAGCAAAGAGAACGGGAAAGGGGAUCCGCAUUUGAACAGCCACCAGGAAGUCAGGGCGGCCGGAUUGGAAUCCGGCGGCUCGAAGCACAUCGUUAUUCCGCGGAGGGACAGCAUAGGCCAAAGAAACGGAAGGGACGAGUAUUUAGAGAAGUCGGCGCCCGAAUGGUCGCAGGAGAACGCCGAGGUUCCACAGACGGAACAGUCGGAGGCUGAGUGCGUCCAACAGGAGAAGGACGAGGUGGACAGGCAGACCGCCAUGGUGGAGUGCCAGAACGCGAAGGACACGAAGAAGAAGGACAACCGGCAGUUCGAGGUCGAGAAAAGCAUGCCCUGGCUCCGGAUGGACCCCGGCGACAAGAACCUCUCCAAGCAGAUGUUUAUGUACUUGACUCACAGCGAGCUCAAGGCCAAGAUCGAGGACCUCGCGAAGAGGGAACAGCACGCGUGCAACAAACACUGCUGGGACGAGGCCCUGCGUCUCAGGGACAUGAGGAACAGAGUGGAGCUGAUACGCGAGAAGCAGCUCUACAAUAUUGAGAAUCUCGACCUCGACGAGGAGGUGAAGAAGCUGGGAUUGCAUAAUAUCGGUAAGAGGGAGGCGGAGCUUGCCGAACGCGAGAGCAUCUGCACAGACACCACCAUGUACAGUCAGGAUGCAAAGGACAUGUGGCAGAAAUGGGUGCACGAGGACGAUAGAUCCGCCAUCAAGGACGCGCGAGAGCAAAGAGAGACUUUUAUGGACAGUUUGGAGAAAGAAUGGCAGGAUCUUGCCAUUCGCGACAAAGAUAGGAUCACUCGAACGUAUCAAAACGUGAUACAGGAUUCCAAUCUGCAAGAGGAGCAUAAGCUAACCGCUGCCCUAAACGCGGCUAAAAUAAAAUCCUUCCCAAGUUCCUUGAAAUAAGUCCUAGACUCACAUCGACAAAUUUAUUGAGCUUGAUCACAUGGUGCCAAGUAUAAUAGCAAUUUGUGAUCCAUCAUUUGUACUUCAUUACUUUUUUUUGGCCAUCAGUAUCGUACUACCAUAGAGCGUUGCAUUUCAAGUAAAUUUAUCGAGACUUAACGGGAGUAUAGUAAGGCAUAGAAGAAGAACAAAUAAUGGUAAAACGAGUAGUAACUCUUUAAAUAUUCGUAAGGACUGAAUUCCGUUCCAAUGCAAUCGGUACCCCGGUCUUUAACUAUUAAUAAUAUGUGAUACCGAAGCCGUUCCAGAUUAAUCAUACAACGAUUAUUGUAUUCGAUGUGUUAAAUGAGUGCUUAUGUAUGCUUGAAUCCUACACGGACCGUUUGUGUUGUGAAAGUUAUAGUCGACCAUGGAAAUUUAUUUGUAAUUUCUCGUUUCUCGUUUCAUUAUUCUAGUCGUUUUUAUACCGGCAGUAUUGCGAUAUUGUUGUUACCUAUAAUUAGCUUUCUCAUUCACUUUUGUAUUUGCAACACUUAUUUAAAUAUGAUACAAAUAUUUUGUAACGAUAUUUUGCUAAUGACUACUCUACGUUGUAUUAUUGAACUGAAAAUAAAGUAUUCGCGUUUAACAUAAAGUUUGGAUUGAAUUUCUUCGAUUUUUCGUUUCUUAAAUUUUUUUGAAUGCAAGAAUAUACGAACGAUAAAUCUGUGGCUAUUAUGGCGAAUCGGUAUAAAUCAGCUUGUGCAUGAAUUCAGUUCGUAAGUAUAGAAUCUAAGUGUUUAUAAAAACGAUCUUUUUCUAAUCUGACGGAUGUCCAAUAUUUAAUUUGCACGUGUUACGUGAACUAACGAGCAUCCAGAAAAUUUUUAUUUUAAACAUUUGUGCGAAUACAUUAGUACAUAAGCUUUGUUUUAUACUUUUAUCCUAACAAGAAUAAUAUAUAUCUU